CUCCUGACUUGAUUCCAGUGUGUCUUUCAAUCACCAUGGUGGUGGCAUACAACAGAACACAGCAAACUGCGGUGGACCAAUUCCCACUUUUAGCUGCCUCCUAAUGCAGAAAGAAAAAUGUUUUUUUCUUUUCUUCAGUGAAUAGGAAGAGUUUUGACCUUUCGUGAUGGGUGCCAUGUUGUUGCAGAAAGGUUAGCUCGUAGCCGUUAGCUUUCCUUUUGUUUACCGGAUCCUUUAUGGAAUUUCUUCACGUCGUUAGCAGAAAUGCUGAGGAGACGAGGAAUAUCUUCCCUUAACACCGGCUUUAACGGUGGGACUUUAGGUUUGACAGCUAGAAAAUAACCCAGAGGAACCGUUUGACCCGUUUUUUUUUUAAGAGAAGUUUUUAAAUAAUUAGCGGCGGCGGGGACUGCAGUUCGCAGCCGGGUUUCGGGUUGGGCAGCGGAGAGGGACCGAUACCCCGAGGAGAGCUCUCGGCUGUCUGGCUCCAGUCGUGGCCUGGCUUCGGGCACUCCCAGCUUCGGAGCUCAUUUACCAAGGAUAAACUAAAACAAGGAGAGGACCACAAUUGUGCGUAUCGCAUUUGAACUCAAGUGAAGCAGUUUUAAGGAUAUACAAAAAAAAAAAAAAAAAAAAAAAAAACUGAGCUACACGCCGCCUUCCAAGACAAUGGCGUCUUAUGUGGAUAACCGCUUUCGGCAGGCUGUGAUGAUGAAUCCGGCUGAACGGACGCAACAGGACCUGGAGAUCGUCUACUCCUAUCUCCAUGGGAUGGAAGCUCUGUCCAACCUGCGGGAACACCAGCUCAGAAUAAUGUGUGAGACGGUGCGCUACGAGAGACACGAGGCCAAUGAAGUGCUUUACUACCCAGAUGAUGUUGGAAGCUGCUGGUACAUCCUGUUAUCGGGCUCAGUUUUCAUCAAGGAGUCCAUGUUUCUUCCCAGAAGCAGUUUUGGGAAGCGAUCAGCAGGCAGCCUGCGACGUGGAUGUGAAUGCAUCGUCCUUGAACCCUCAGAAAUGAUUGUGGUGGACUAUAUGGAUGAAAAUGAGGAAUACUUUCAGCGACAAGCUUCGCACAGACAGUCCCGGCGGCGCUUUCGGAAGAUCAACCAGAAAGGAGAGCGGCAGACAAUCAUCGACACAGUGGAUCCGUAUCCCAGCGGAAAGCCGCCCGUAGCCCGGGGAUACCACACGGAUUGCAAUAAACCUAAGCUCCCUGCAGACUUCAGCAGACUGCACCUGGCCGACGGCUUACACCCACAGGUGACCCACGUCUCCUCCAGCCACUCAGGAUGUAGUAUCACCAGUGACUCUGGAAGCAGCAGCCUGUCAGACAUUUAUCAGGCCACAGAAAACGAGCCAGGAGACAUGGACCUCAGCGGCCUGCCGGAGACUGCGGUGGACUCUGAGGAGGACGAUGAUGAGGAGGACAUCGAGCGAGCCUCCGACCCACUCAUGAGCCGGGACAUCGUCCGGGACUGCCUGGAGAAGGAUCCCAUGGACAGAACGGACGAUGACAUUGAGCAAUUACUGGAGUUCAUGCAUCAACUGCCAGCUUUUGCCAACAUGACCAUGUCGGUGAGGAGGGAACUCUGCGCUGUCAUGGUGUUCGCCGUGGUGGAGAGAGCUGGCACCAUCGUCCUCAAUGAUGGAGAGGAGCUGGACUCAUGGUCGGUGAUCUUAAACGGCUCUGUGGAGGUGACCUACCCUGACGGCCGGACAGAGAUGCUGUGCAUGGGAAACAGUUUCGGUGUGUCUCCAACCAUGGAGAAGGAAUUUAUGAAAGGUGUCAUGAGGACCAAGGUGGACGACUGCCAGUUUGUAUGUAUAGCCCAGCAGGACUACUGCUGCAUCCUCAACCAGGUUGAGAAGAACAUGCAGAAGGUGGAGGAGGAAGGGGAGAUCGUUAUGGUGAAGGAACACCGGGAACUGGACCGUACAGGCACCAGGAAAGGACAUAUUGUCAUCAAGGGCACACCUGAACGUCUCACCAUGCAUCUGGUGGAGGAGCACUCAGUAGUGGACCCUACCUACAUUGAGGACUUCCUGUUGACCUACAGGACUUUCCUGUCCAGCCCCAUGGUCGUGGGAAAAAAGCUCCUGGAGUGGUUUCACGACCCAAGUCUCAGGGAUAAGGUUACACGGGUGGUCUUGCUGUGGGUAAACAAUCAUUUCAAUGACUUCGAGGGAGACCCUGCCAUGACUCACUUCUUGGAGGAGUUUGAGAGCAAUCUAGAGAAGGAAAAAAUGUGCGGGCACCUCAGACUGUUAAAUAUAGCGUGCGCUGCUAAAGCCAAGCCACGGCUGGUGACGCUCACCAAGCCAUCUAGAGACUCUCCUCUAGCGUUCACCCUCCUUGGAGGACAAGAGAAAGGUUUCUGCAUCUUCAUCGAUGCCGUGGAGCCCGGGAGCAAGGCAGCCGAGGCCGGACUCAAGCGUGGAGAUCAGAUCUUGGAGGUAAAUGGGCAGAAUUUUGAGACUGUCCAGUUCAGUAAAGCCAACGAGAUUUUAAAGAACAACACCCACUUAUCAAUUACUGUGAAAACAAAUCUUUUAGUCUUUAAGGAGCUGCUAACGCGACCCGAACAUGACCACGACCUGGAUGUGGACGAGGAACACGACAGGAAGAACGGGGCUCCUCACCUACCAAAGAUUGGGGACAUUAAAAAGGCGAGUCGUUACUCCAUACCAGACCUGGCUGUGGACGUGGAGCAGGUCAUGGGCCUGGAGAAAGCCAGCAAAAAGGGCAAGAGCAACACGGUCGGAGGGCGAAACAAGCUGAAAAAGAUCUUUGACAAGACUCUCACCAGCAUCCUGCCCCCCAAACCAUACAACGACGUUUGUGUAGGGCAAUCACAGGAUGACAGCAUAGUGGGCAUGAAGCCGUCCAAACAGAUCCCACCAGCUCUGCCGGUCAGUGGAAACCUGUCUUCGUCGAACCCAGACCUCCUGCAGUCACACCACCGCAUCCUGGACUUCAACAACCAGCCUGUUCAAGUUAUCCUGAAUAUGUCGGACCAAGUGUUACGAGUAUUCAAAGCGGACCAGCAGUCUCGAUAUAUUAUGAUUGGGAAGGAUACAACAGCGAAAGAAGUGGUGGCCCAGGCUAUUAGGGAGUUUGCCCUGACUGCUGCGCCCGAGGCUUAUUCGCUAUGUGAAGUGUCUGUCACACCUGAGGGCGUCAUUAAACAGAGGAGGUUACCAGAUCAGCUUUCCAAGCUAGCCGACAGGAUUCAGCUCAGUGGCAGAUAUUACCUGAAGAGCAACAUGGAGACAGAAACAUUAUGUUCCGAUGAAGAUGCCCAGGACCUCCUUCGAGAAGGCCAGAUCUCUCUGCUACAGCUCAGCACCGUGGAGGUGGCAACCCAGCUCUCCAUGAGAGCCUUUGAACUCUUCUGUGCCAUUGAACCCACCGAAUACAUCGACGAUCUGUUCAAGCGGCGCUCAAAGACCGGCUCCCUCAGCCUCAAGCGUUUCGAGGAGUCAAUCAACCAGGAGACCUUCUGGGUGGCAACGGAGGUGGUGCGGGAGGCCAACCAGCUCAAGCGCAUGAAGAUCAUUAAGCAUUUCAUCAAGAUCGCUCUACAUUGUCGAGAAUGCAAGAACUUCAACUCCAUGUUUGCAAUCAUCAGUGGUCUAAACUUGGCUCCAGUCUCCAGACUAAGAGGAACAUGGGAAAAACUACCAAGCAAAUAUGAGAAACUCUUCGGGGAUUUGCAGGAUCUCUUCGACCCCUCUAGAAAUAUGGCCAAGUACAGAAAUGUUCUUAACAAUCAAAACCUUCAGCCACCUAUCAUCCCCCUGUUCCCAGUUAUAAAGAAGGACCUGACCUUCCUACAUGAAGGCAAUGACUCCAAAGUGGACGGCCUGGUGAACUUCGAGAAGCUUAGGAUGAUUGCCAAAGAAAUCCGACACGUUGGACGCAUGGCUUCCGUCAAUAUGGAUCCAGCCCUCAUGUUUCGAACCAGGAAGAAGAAAUGGAGAAGUUUAGGGUCUUUGAGUCAGGGCAGCGCCAAUGCAGCCGUGCUCGACGUAAGCCAGACAGGCGGGCACAAGAAGCGGGUUCGACGUAGCUCCUUCCUGAACGCCAAAAAGCUCUAUGAGGACGCCCAGAUGGCCAGAAAGGUCAAGCAGUACCUUUCCAACCUGAGCCUUGAGACGAACGAGGAGAGCCUUCAAACGUUCUCACUACAGUGUGAACCCUCAAUCAGCACAUUACCCAAGACUGCUGGUGGGAAACGACCAGACACUUCUCCAGUCGUAUCCAGAGCAGCCAGUCAGCAACGGGGCCAAUUGGCCAAAGGAAACCAAGCCCUGCAAGUCCCCAGUGUGGCCCUCUACCCGUCCCGGAAGAGGGUGCCGGUCAAGGAUCUGCCACCUUUUGGCACCAGUUCGCCCCAGUCUCUGAAGAAGAUCCUGUCUCUGUCUGAGGAGGGGAACGAAAGGCACCGGAGGCAGCCAGAGGACACCAUGUCCAACGCCUCCUCCCACCUCUCCUCUCCUCCCACUUCCCCUCAGAGCUCACCCAAGAAGGGUUACGGUAGGAUGGGCGACGCCUACUCAGACUCUGGUCACAGCGAGAUCUCGUCUCGCUCCAGUCUCGUCAGUAACUCGUCUUUCGACAUGGCCCAGGAGGAGAGGAGACUGCGUCACUCUGGAGGAGUUGGUGAAUCCCACAUAGGUGGGGCUCGGCUGGAAAGAAGGGCUACAACCGACCCUGACCAGUACAGUCUGGGGUCGUAUUCCUCGAUGCAAGACUGUCGAGGUAUUUAUGGCGGCUGCACCACCGUACUCUCCUCGCCCAGCUCCGAGGAACUGACUCAGGAUCAGGGAGAUCGCGUGUCCCUGGAUGCUGCAGACAGCGGGCGAGGCUCCUGGACUUCCUGUUCCUCUGGUUCCCAUGACAACAUUCAGAACAUGCAGCAGGGACGUAGCUGGGAGAUUGGCAUUGGAGGGCUGUCUUCAGCAUCAGAGGCCUUAUUAGGGGGUCCUGCUGCUCUGUGGGCAGCGCAGACCAGGGGAAGCUGGGCAUCAGCCAGCUCCUCUUCAUCCUCGGCCGCAUACUGGGGGGAAGAAUCAGAGGGAGACACCGGAACGAUUAAGAGGAGAGGAGGAAAGGAUGUAAAUGCUGACCCAGAGACAAGUAGCAUCACAUCCACCGGGUCAGAGGAGGCCAAGCAGCUCGGCCGGCCGUCUCCAUCACCCAUCCCAACAGGGGGUAAAGGCUUUAUUUCUCGAAAGGAGGGCCGUUACCGCGAGCCUCCGCCGACUCCUCCUGGCUACACCGCUCUCACCAUUUCUGACCUGGCCGAGGGCCAGCACCCGGCGCCGCCUGCCCCCACGUCCGCAGCGAGCCGCCGACCACCAGACUACACCACGGCGCUGCAGCGCUCACGCAUGGUCACCCAGUCGCCUGACUCUCAUCAGGCCCAUCAGGCCGCAAAGCGUCGGGGGGGAAGCCUCCGCCGCACCCGCUCCUCAGCGGACGAGCAGGAGCCAGAGGAUGAAGAGGAGGGUGAGUCCUUGUCUCCAAAACUAGUGGCUCUGAGGAAACCAUUGGCACAGCAUACACCUGAGCCUCCCAGACGGUGAGAGUGUGUGGGGUUAACAGGCCCCCACCCCCCACCAGGCAGAUGAGCAGGUGUCAGCAGUCUGAGGAGCAGCAGUGGAUGGUUUCCUAGGAAGCCCCCCGCCCACCUCCCCCUCCACCUUCGACUGAAUUAAAGAGGCAGACCUACAGACUGGUCAACAGUUACGUAGCCUGCCUCCUCCAGUCGGCUCCCCCUCUCAACCGGUGGACUCCUCGCUCCUCGUCUCCCUCCCCUGCCUUAAAGCAUCAUGGGGGGUUUGAUGACCCUGCAUGCAAAAAAUACUGUGAAGAAGAGAUGGAGAGAAAGUCAAAGACAAUGACGAAAUGCCUGGCACUUUGGACAGAUUUCAAAGAAGAAAAAAAAAAAACACUACAGAAGCAUAAACUGGGAGACAACGCCCCCAAACCCUCCUGUUAACGCAGCAGAAUCAGCUCCAUCUGCACUUUCCCGUUUUCUUCUUUCAAAAAGGAAAACCUGAACAAUUCAGAACAAUAAGACUAUUAUUAAAGGUAAAAGCAGUUGACUUCAUCAUCGUUAAUCUCCCUUUAGAUUUCUUCCCGUUUAUGUUUUUCUUUCUUGUCAUUUUCUUUAGUUUUAUUGAAAUUAUUGCACUCUAGAGGCUGAAUAAACCGAAACCAGGUCAGCCCAACAUUUCUGAGUCUGGACUGAAACAACCCGCCCGUUGUUGAGUGUUUGAACUUUGAAUCCAGUAUUAUCUCAUGUUCACUCGUGAAUGCUUAUCACUUUUCUGUUUGAAUUUACAAGAAGCUUGGAGGGAAAACGUUUGAAUCAUCAUGCAGUAUACUGACAAACACAACAAAACAAGUUUUAUCUAUCAGUACAAACGUUGAUCAAGUUUCAUUCUAGCACUUUGAGCACAAUCCUUGAUGUUUGGCUUGAAUACCAGGGUAUGAGAAUAUAGUUUAUGUCUGAGCUCCUCUAUGCUCCAACACGUUUGGACCUUUGGGAGAUCGUGAAAAGCACACUCGAUGAAACCAUGUACGAUUCCGUCAAUCGUCUCCCAAAAUGAAAGCAAAGCCUGGACUUUGUCUCAUCGUUCAAAGUGACGACCGCAAACACAUUCAGCUUUCUUUUGCUUGUUUUUUUUUUUAAAUUAAUGAAAGGUCACAGAAGAUCAAGGGUAUUGGUGCACAUUUCAGAAGGCAUCAUUGCUUAAAUUUCUACUCCAUUUGAGCGUAUUUAUUUCCUUCAUAGUAAAAGCAUCCAGUAAUUUGUAUUUGAGCUGAACAUCUUCCUGUGAAUGUCCGAGCGCCUUACGAUGCCAUGGUUGCAAACAUGUCUUUACACGGUCAUUCACAAUGCAAAUCAAACUGUUCUGAGAUGAAAUGCCUUAUUUAUGAUGCUUUCACAGGCUCCUUUUUUUAAAGGAUACAACCAGACUGAAAAAGUCAAGGUUUAUUUUUUUUUUUUUCUGUAUUUUUUUCUUUAUUUUUUUAUUUCUAGUUGGUUUGUGGCUUCAGAAAUCAGCAUUUGGCUGCAGCCGACGGUGUGUUAAGGUGUAGUAGAUGAUGUCCACACGGACACCCUGUUUCCAUCUUUGCUGUUGUGCUUGCUUGAUUGAUUCUCAGAAACAUUUCUUGUCUGUUACAAACAUCAUCUGGGUAUAUCAACAUUUUUCUCUGUAUCUGUGGAAAUGACUGAACAUAUGGAUUUUUUAUUUUUUGGUUUGUUUGCUUUAUCUUUGACUCCGGUGAGGAAGGUGAAAAAUGAAGUAGAAUUAUAAUUUUGUCUUUCUAAGCUGCCAAUCAUCUAACUUCAAAAGAUCUUAUUGUGAAAAGAAAAAUAACGUUGUGUUUCCUUCUAUCACAGCAUCACACUGAUCACAUUGAUCAGCCCUGGAAGCUUACAGACUGAGUAAAAAAGAUGAAUGACUGCAGUGUUUUUCACUGUGUUCUGUGACUACACACUAAACCGUUUUUCUUUUGUCGUUUCUUUUUGUAAUGGCUGCAGAUAGAUUGUUAAUAAUUGUGAUACCGUUGUGACAUGCAUCAUUUACUUUCAUUCAACUCUGAAGAUAAUGUGCAUAUUAGCAGGUGGAGUCGUAAAAUUGAAAAACAAAAAGUUGCACAAAAAUGUACAAGCGUAAAGAUGUGUAGUAGGUAGAACUGCUACUGCGUUCGGUGUGUGAUGUCAGUGAGAUGUGUACAUUUAGCUGGUGACGACCUUCGUUUCUUCAUUCUUUCUUGUACUACUUUAACCUGUAUGUCUUUUAAAAAGACAAUUGGUGGAGUAUGUAUCGGUUGUUUUUUGUAUUUUUAAUACAAUAAUUGUAAAUAUUGGUUAUAUUUUUGUUCAAAUGUAAAAUGUUUAUGCCUCAACAUCCAGUUUAUAUGAAGCUGGGAAUCAAUAAAUACUGCAUAAAGACCCAG